UACUUUUUCCAUAUGUUGUUUGUCUUUCAGUGACAGUGCCGGUAAGGCCGCCGAUUAUGUUUUAUCCGCAAUCUUAAGCGAUCCAUGUAUCUGAAACUAGAAUUUAUUCGAGAUUCGUUGUGAAUUCUCCAAUCAGUUUAUCGAAAAUGGUAUCUAUUUGUUAGAAGGAUUAGAUACAUUUCAACUUUUAUACUUUCACAUGGUGUUAUCAUUAGAAACAAUUAGAAAAGCUCAUAGAUAUGGCUACAGUGUCCUUGAGUGCAGAUACACAUCCGGAUAUUACAAUGUAUGUUAUAAAGCUUUUGACGAAGAACAAUAUAGUAACUAUUCUCGAUUUUGCACAAGCAGAUAUUGAUCGUCUUGUGCGAAUAACAAAGCUUUCUCCAGAAGCAAUUAGGGCCAUCAAAUCGGAUAUUAUUAAUCGCUACUGUGGUAACGUUAUUAAUGUUAUUGAAUAUUUUCGAUAUCUCGAUGGUUUGGUGGAACCGAUACCAACUUCGAUUAAUGGUUUGGAUGCCCUACUUGAAGGUGGCCUAUUGCUUGGUCAUACACUAGAAAUAUGUGGAGAAUCUGGUACCGGAAAAACGAGACUUUGCGUCUCCUUGGCAGCUAAUGUUGCCCAGUAUAGCAAAUUCGAUAGUAUAUACGUGGACACAAAGUGUGAUUUCUCUGCUACUGAGCUACGGAGGAUGCUGCAACAAAGAAAAUCCUCUGACCAGGAAACUAAAGAAAUAAUGCAGCGAAUCAAAAUUCACCAUUGUUUUUCAUUAGCGGAUUUGGUUGAUUUCGUAGAGGAAUUACUCGCAAUUGUAGAUGAUAUGAAAGCAUUCAAAGUACUCAUAAUAGAUUCUUUGCCGUCGCUUUGGUAUAUGCAUCAAAAUUCAAAAUCUAGCUGUUAUUCGCUAGGCUUGUUAACCCGUUUAGCGGGAUCGCUAAGGAAACUUGCUUCAGAGAAUCUUAUUUCCGUUGUUAUUGUUAACCUGGCGAUACGCCCAACUGGCAUAUCGGCGGAAAAUAAUGGGAGAAAAGUUGUAAACCAGAGAGAUUCUUAUUCUGCCUUGGGCAGGUUUUGGGAAUCAGUUCCUACGACUAGGUUAUUAACGAGUAAGAUCGAAGAAAACAAAAUAGUAAUAAGUAUUUGGAAAUCUAAUUACCUAAAGAAAAUUGGUCAGCAAAUAACUAUUACUAAUAACUAUUAAAUUCACCAGAGAUCUAUUAGAGAAAGUAAACAAAACUGAAUGAUCUGUAUCUAACUUCAUGAAAAUAUCCUACUUUUGUACCUAAAAAGCCAUUUUACCUAUACUAUGUAUAUUAUAGUUAGAUUAUAACAAAGACUAUAAAUAAAGAAAAUGUAUAAUCACUCAA